AUGUGGAUCGCGGCUUUCCAUUGCAACACUCUUGUUUGCACCAUUGCAUAUACAGCCGCCAUCACGAUUUACAAUGAAGGCGGAUUUGCUGCUUUUGCCAGUUUGAAGAGUGUCAUUGGGGCUUUCGGCCUGAUGUGCAAGUGUUGGGGAACCACAGUUACUUUUGCCAACGGGGAAGAUUUGCAUGGCAAGAAAGCCCUGGCGAUUCUCAUUUUCGGUCUCAUUUUUUCAACUACUGGGCACGCACAGGAUUUCCGUGACCGGUCAGCAGAUGCAGUCAUGGGGAGAAAGACGAUACCGUUGGUGCUUUCUCAACCCAUAGCCAGGUGGUCGCUUGCUGUCUUGAUCGCGGCGUGGACAGCAGGGCUGAUUAUUUUUUGGCAACCUCCCAUGGUUGUCAGUAUCGCCUUUACCAUUCUUGGGCUUCGAACAUUAGGCGGCUACCUAAGGAGUUAUGAGGAGAAAGACGAUUCCGUGUCGUAUGUUUACUACGGGGUAAGAUUGUUCUUUGAGGCUAAAACAGCGAAGAAAUACUAA